AUGCCUUCAAUUUCAGGAAUUUACCAAAAAAUAGUUUCUUCUUUUAAAAAAGAAAAUCCGUCAAAGGAAAAUACUGCAAAAGGCAAUUAUGAUCCAACGUUGGGUGUAUGUGAAUUUUCAGUCCCUGAAAAAGAAUUCGAAGAGGAAUUAUUAGAUAAACAUUUCGAAUAUACAUACGAUAAUGGUUGGACCUAUCAAUUCUGGGUGCCAAAUAAAGAAAGAAUAAUUUACAGCAUUUCAGGUGGUCCAAUGGCUGGUAGAUCAAACUUUCAAACAACUUAUUACCAAAGAAUAAGAAAAAACCUUUGGCAAAUUAACUGGCUCGAAGAAACCGGAACCAUUGUAUCAAUAGUUCUUGAUAUUGAUAACAAAAGAAUUACUACUUUCUGUGUCUUCUCUAAAGGACAUUGGGAAAACCCCCUGAUUGCUCAUGGUGAUAAAAGAAAUCCAAGUGAUUUAAAAAAUUGGAGAAACUUAGCUAGAAUAGGUUUGCAAACUAAUAGAUAUUUACUUCCUGAACAAGCUACUAUCGAUAAAAUCUACGAUGGUCCUGGUGAACUUAAGCCUGUUGAAUUAAGCCACCCAACAUAUUAA